GGGACGGGGGUGCGGGAUACACCACACGCCACGCCAGGCGGCCAGGCCACGGAACAAAAAGCGACCCAUCCCUCCCGCCCCCGACGGCCAGACCCCGACCCAAAGCCCCCGACGUCGUUUCGUUUCGUCUCGGCUCGGGCGCUCGACCGCUCGUCAAUCUCAUCGCCCUCGCCCCUCCCUCGCCCUCGCCUCCGCCUCCGUUCCGUUCCACUCCACUCCAGUCCACCCGCGACUUCAAAGUUCAUUCAAACCCGCGACCCCCGGGCACCACCAACUCCAACUCCGCCGCUGGGAAGAGGAGGAGCGACGACGAGCUGCCCGGCUCCACCACGAGCAGCAAGUUGCAGGCCUAAGGAACAGGCUCCAGCCUCCAGCCUCCAGCAGAGCGUGUGCCCAUCUGCCUGCCGGUGCCGGCUACUACUCACCCGCCUCCGCCUCCGGUGAGAAGCCAAGCCAGCCAUGGGGUGCGUGUGCUCGAGGGGGUUGCCGGAGGACGCGCCGCCGGCGCCGGGCCCGCUGGCGGCCGCCUACGACGCGCGCCGCUUGAGGUACGGGCCCGGCGACUUGGACUCCAGCGAGCUCGCCAUCCCGCGGCCCAAGCCGCCCCACUCCCACAAGGUAUCAGACACAGGUACAUUUUUGGGAAGAGCUAGCAUUGCUGGUCUGGAGAAGGCUGUUGAAGUGUUAGAUACGCUCGGGAGUAGCAUGACAAAUUUGAAUCCUGGCAGUGGCUUUCUCUCUGGGGGAACCAACCGGGGGAAUAAAGCCUGUAUUUUAGCAUUUGAAGUUGCAAAUACAAUAGCUAAAGCUUCUAGUUUGUGGAGGUCAUGCUCUGACGAAAGUAUAGAAGAGCUCAAGAAAGAGAUUCUGCAUUCAGAUGGAGUGCGAGCAUUGGUGUCCUCAAAUACUAUUGAGCUGUUACAUAUUGCUGCCGUUGAUAAAAGGGAAGAACUCGCCAUCUUUUCAAAAGAAGUAAUACGAUUUGGCAACCUCUGCAAAGAUCCUAUAUGGCAUAACUUGGGGCGAUAUUUUGACAAGUUAGUGACAGAUAAUACACCUCAGGAUCAUUCAAAGGAGAGUAUGGAAGCUACUGUCCAACAAUUGAUUAAUUUGGCACAAAACACUUCUGAGCUCUACCAUGAAUUGCACGCUCUGGACAGGUUUGAGCAGGAUUUUAAAAGGAAAUUUCGUGACGAGGAGUCUGUGCCAGCAGCUAGACGAGAGAGUAUAAUGAUAUUACAUAGUGAAUUAAAGCGCCAGAGGAAGCUCGUGAAAAAUCUGAAGAAGAAAUCCUUGUGGUCUAGGACCUUGGAAGAGAUUGUGGAGAAACUUGUGGACAUCGUAAUAUUUUUGCACAAACAAAUCCGAGAUUCAUUUAACGAAACUGGAACUGACUUCUGCGCUUCCGAGCAAACUCAGAACAAAAGGCUAGGUUCCUGUGGUCUGGCGCUACAUUACGCUAACAUUAUCAACCAAAUUGAAAAUAUAGUUUCCCGGCCCCUCUCUCUUCCUCCUAGUGCAAGGGACAAUCUGUACCAUGGUCUCCCAAUAACAGUGAAGUCAGCUCUGCGAUCACGAUUGCAAACAUAUAACCCCGAAGAAGAGCGCACGGUAGCUCAAAUAAAAGCCGAAAUGCAGAAAACUCUUCGCUGGCUUCUGCCGAUAGCAGAGAAUACAAUAAGGGCACACCAAGGUUUUGGAUGGGUCGGCGAGUGGGCAAAUCUUGGGAGCGACAUGAGCAAGAAAUCAGGCUCCCAGCACAGCGUCACCCGCAUCCAGACGCUCCAUCACGCCGACAAGGCGAAAACCGAGCACUACAUGCUGGAGCUGGUGGCGCUCCUCCACCACCUGGUGAUCCAGGUGAAGAACAGAGGCUACGGGACCAGCAAAUCGUCGAGGCACGACGCGUCGUCCCGGUCCCGCAAGGCGGCGGCAACGGACCUCCGACCGGAGACGGAGACUCGGCACAACACGUCGCCGGUGAACAGCCGCACGGCCUCGAGCCCGCUGUCGGACUGCGAGCGCGCGGCGCUGGACCACCUGAGCUUCAGGAGGACGGCCUACGGCAGGAGCCAGAGCUGCGAGCCUCCGCCUGGCCACCGACGGAGCAAGGCCCACAGGAGCUGGGACCCGUGCCGGAGCCACGGCAGCUCCCCGGCGACGGAGUUCGGCAGGACCCCCGCCGUGCAGCAGCGCGGCCGGGGCAGGGAUCUUGACGUAAUUGAUGGCCUAGAUAGACUGCCUUCCUACUCGCACCCGCCCUCCCCUACGUUUUGCUAGAUGUUAAUGGUUAGGUAUUCUUUUGCUGUAACUGUAACACGCGUGAUAUGUCCAUAUGUACAUAUACCAUAGUCUUGUUAUAGCGUGUGGUGAUUGAAUCAAAGUAUAUAGAGCGAGAUCACAAGUGGUGUUCCGAUCAUCUGGCCUUUGGAGAGAAAAAAAAUAUCGAUUUGUCUGAA